AUGUUUAACAGGGCAAUCCGUAAUUUCUCCAGCUCCCCUACGGCACACAAGGUGGGAUGCUCUAUAGUUAAGCCAGUGCACCACAGGGUGAAAAUUGACAAGACCAAGUUAUCUCCUAAAUAUCCAGAGUUGAAGCUCUCUCCAAACGACAUCAGAUCUCCAAAGUUUGUUCCUCGUUACACACAUCAAGAUAGAGUCCAAGAAUAUUAUGAGAACACUUUGAAGCCUGACCUUCUUUUGAUAAACUAUGUACAUGGUCAAAAAACCGUUCCGGGAAAUAAACGAAGACAAUGGGACUUGACUUCUCCCUAUCAUAUCAAUCGUCCUCCACGAGUACCAAGAGGUGAACGUGUUCCCACUCCAGAUAUCAAACCGAGAACCUACAAGAAUAUUCCGGGUUUGACCAAGAUCACUCUUUCGUGUUUUGUGAAAGAAGCUAAAUUAAACUCCUCUCUGGCCAUCCCUGCCACACUACAACUACAGCAGAUUACUGGUGUGAAACCAACUCCAAUUUACGCCAAAACUAAUGUUCCUACGUGGAAACUUCGUCCAGGUAUGAAAAUGGGUGCUAAGGUUGCUUUGGAAGGUAGAGAAAUGUCCCAGUUUUUGUCCACCUUGACAGAGUUGGUGUUACCAAGAAUCAGAGAGUUUAAAGGCAUUUCCAAUAGAUCUGGUGACCGAUUUGGAACCAUUUCUUUUGGCUUGGAACCAGAGAGUAUUAAGUUUUUCCCUGAAAUUGAAGCCAACCAAGAUCUAUGGCCUAGAACAUUUGGAAUAGAUGUCCAAUUUCACACAUCUAGUCAGGUUGAUAUGGAUGCUAGAAUCCUUCUGUCUGGAUUGGGAAUUCCUUUCACUGGAACUGAAAGAAUCCCAAAAGAUUUACUGAACGACCAUUAG